GAUCCAUCUACUUUAGUUCUACCUUGAAUACAGCAAUAGUGUUGGGUUCUAAGGAUGAGAAGCAGCCAGUUAUUUAGAACUAAGCAAUAAUUUUCUUAAGUUUUAAAAAAUAUCGAUGUCUUUCUUCUGAAGGUUCUAAGGCCCAGCAGCUUCUGCAAGGACUACAAGCCAGUGAUGAGAGUCAGCAGCUUCAGGCAGUCAUUGAAAUGUGUCAGCUAUUGGUCAUGGGAAAUGAGGAAACGCUAGGAGGGUUUCCUGUCAAGAGUGUCGUUCCAGCUUUGAUAACAUUACUGCAGAUGGAACAUAACUUUGAUAUUAUGAACCAUGCUUGUCGAGCCUUAACAUACAUGAUGGAAGCACUUCCUCGAUCAUCUGCUGUGGUGGUAGAUGCUAUUCCUGUCUUUUUAGAAAAGCUGCAAGUUAUUCAGUGUAUUGAUGUGGCAGAGCAGGCCUUGACUGCGUUGGAGAUGUUGUCACGGAGACACAGUAAAGCCAUUCUACAGGCAGGUGGUUUGGCAGACUGCUUGCUGUAUCUAGAGUUCUUCAGCAUAAAUGCUCAAAGAAAUGCACUAGCAAUUGCAGCCAAUUGCUGCCAGAGUAUUACACCAGAUGAAUUUCAUUUUGUGGCAGAUUCUCUCCCAUUGCUUACCCAAAGGCUAACACAUCAGGACAAGAAGUCAGUAGAAAGCACUUGCCUUUGUUUUGCACGUCUAGUGGAUAACUUUCAACAUGAGGAGAAUUUACUGCAGCAGGUUGCCUCCAAAGAUCUGCUUACAAAUGUUCAACAGCUUUUGGUAGUGACUCCACCAAUUUUAAGUUCUGGGAUGUUUAUAAUGGUGGUUCGCAUGUUUUCUCUGAUGUGUUCCAACUGUCCAACAUUAGCUGUUCAGCUUAUGAAGCAGAACAUUGCAGAAACACUUCACUUCCUCUUAUGUGGUGCCUCCAAUGGAAGUUGUCAGGAGCAGAUUGAUCUUGUUCCACGAAGUCCUCAAGAGCUAUAUGAACUGACAUCUCUAAUUUGUGAACUUAUGCCAUGUUUACCAAAAGAAGGCAUUUUUGCAGUUGAUACCAUGCUGAAGAAGGGAAAUGCGCAGAACACAGAUGGUGCGAUAUGGCAGUGGCGGGACGAUCGGGGUCUCUGGCAUCCCUAUAACCGGAUUGACAGCCGGAUCAUUGAGGUAGCAGCCCAUCAGGUCGGUGAGGAUGAGAUAAGCUUGUCCACUCUGGGACGAGUUUAUACUAUUGAUUUUAAUUCUAUGCAGCAAAUCAAUGAGGAUACGGGAACAGCACGUGCCAUUCAGAGAAAACCUAACCCCUUAGCCAAUACUAACACUAGUAAGUACCUUUUGAGUUAAAAUAGUGGUAUUCUGAUGUGAAACUAAAUAAUAAUUUCUGUUUGCAUAACUGAUUGAUUAUCCUUAGUAAGCUUAAGAUAGUUGCA